ACCAAAUCUCUCUCUCUCUCUCUCUCUUUCUAAUGUUUCAGUUUUGGAGAGAGAUUGGGUCUCUCCAAAAACCAGGUUGACCCACAAAACCAUUGCUUCUCCCACACUCAUUGAUGACACCCCCCCUUCUCUCUCUCUGCCUAGUCAUUGAACACUAAUGAAAAUAUAUAAAGAUGGCUAGUCAUACAUGAUUUUGUUCGUUAUUGGGUUUUGCAGCUGACAAUAAUUUCAUUUCAUUUUCACAAUAAACUGGUCAGGCCUCCACAGACACUGUUAGGCAAAAAAUUAUUCAGUCAUCCACAAGCCCAAUUAGAGGAAAAUAAGAGAGUUGAUGGAUUAUUAUCAGCUUGCUGGGUCAUCUUCUUGCCAAGAUUCUCUCCAAAUUCUCGAGGCUGAUAUAGAGCAUGCAAAUAUGCUGGCAGCUUCAGUUCCGAUAGGCCAGGGUGGUGCAUGUCUUCACAUGGAAUUGGUCUACAAUCCCUUGGCAACUUUGUUUUGGUUUUUGCUCCAAUGGAUGGACUGCUCAUGUACAUGUUUACUUCCAAGUUAUUUGAACCUCUUCCACAUAGUUGUAAACAAGGUGUGCCGUGGUGGUAAGAUGAUGUUCACUUCACAUGGAAGGAAAGCAACUAUUACAGAAUUCUACAGUGUCAUAUUACCAUCUCUUCAGCGCCUCCAUGAUAACACAUCAGAGCUUGGUAUUGAUCAAGAUGAAGGUGAAGGUUUGGAGAUGGUUGUCCGGCAUAGACUAGAAGAAAAACGAAAGCAUUCAGAUGCUGAUUUGGAAAGAGAAGAUGAAUGUGGGAUCUGCUUAGAGCCAUGCACCAAAAUGGUUGUGCCAAAUUGCUGUCAUGCAAUAUGCAUCAAUUGCUACCAUGACUGGAGCACGAGGUCAGAGUCCUGCCCAUUUUGCCGUGGUAGUUUGAAGAGAGUGAAUUCAGGGGACUUGUGGGUUCUCACAUGCAGUGGGGAUGUGGUUGACCAAGAGACUGUGUCAAGGGAGGACAUGCUGCGUUUCUAUCUUUACAUAACCAGCCUGCCUAAAGAUAUUCCAGAUGCUCUUUUCUUAUUAUAUUAUGAGUACUUAAUCUAAACUGACUAAGACACGAAGAAAGAUGUAAAGAAAGGGGAGAAAACACCAACCAUCAUAUGUGGAUUGAGUCUGGUGAGGUUCUUCUGAAUUAAACAGGUUGCUUCCACUUAAUCUUUGUCCAGAAUAAUGUAUAUUCUAUGUGUAGAAGAACCGACAAUUAAUCUAAAUCAUUUUC